UGAGAACAUCCGCAGCUAGCCUAGCCAUGGCAUCCAAGUCCAUGGCUUCCCCUGCGCUCCUGUUCCUCGCCGUGACACUCAUGCUUGCGGCCUCUGUGCGAGCCCAGGGACGGUCACCACCACGGGCACCCACACCCGCUCCCCCACGUGCUUCGCCUCCAUCGACACGGGCACCAACACCAGCUCCAAUGCCUGCACCGACGCGGCCACCCACGCAUGCUCCUACGCCCUCGCCGACCCGUGCUCCGACUCCUGCACCGACCUGUGCUCCUAUGCUCUCACCGACGCGUGCUCCGACUCUUGCACCGACCCAUGCUCCUACGCCCUCGCCGACCAGUGCUCCGACUCCUGCACCAAUCCGUGCUCCUACGCCCUCGCCGAUCCGUGCUCCGACUCCUGCACCGACCCGUGCUCCUACGCCUUCGCCGACCCGUACUCCGACGCCUGCACCGAUCCUUGCUCCUAUUCAUGCUCCUACGCCCUCGCCGACGCGUGCUCCGACUCCUGCACCGGCCCAUGCUCCUACGCCCUCGCCGAUUCGUGCUCCGGCUCCUGCACCGAUCCAUCCUCCUGCGCCCUCGCCGACCCGUACUCCGACGCCUGCACCGACCCGAUCUCCACCCCCUUCUCCAACUCCUGCACCAACCCCUUCUCCGACCCCCACUCCAACACCUCCACCUCCGCCAUCCUGCCCUACCGGCUUCAAAAAUUUAUUGGAGUAUAAACAAGGCCUUAUACGCUAUGCUAAAGAAGGCAUUAUUCUUGUGCCUGCCCCUUCAAACCUCCUGCUGCCCACCAUACCAGACAUCCUUAUCCCCUUCGUCAGAGUAAAGUGCGUGUGCAGUGUCCGCUCAACCUUCCUCAUCCUCACCAGCGAGAUAACAUGCAAGAAGGCAGGAACAUGAGCGUGCAUAUAUAUAUAUAUAUGCUCCUUCACGCAACUAUUUACUCGUACUACUUUAAUUUAUACAUGAGGAAUAAUUUGUCAGAUCGACAUUUGUGUGCAUGCAUGUACGUGUCGUCUGCAUGCAUGCGCACGACGCGCGCUAAGCUGGAGUUGAGCCUGCUUCUGUACUGAUGUAUUGUGUGACAAGCAAGUUUAUAUAUGUUGUAUGUGUGCUCAAAAUUAAUUAUA